AUGUCACAGAAAAGGUCUAUUGCCGACUUUUUUUCGCCUUCGAGCAAGCGGGCCAAGCAAAAAGCUGUCUCCCCCGAGCUUUUUGCUUCCACAGCAGAAGAUUCGGAGACGCUUCAGGAACAAGAAAAUGCUCAGUGCUUUGUUUCAAUUCCGCUUGAAGAGACUGUGCGUAGCAUCGCGUCUGACGAUGCUUGCCCGUCCUCGUCAGGGCACAUGGACCGCGAAUGUGAUGACCUUUCCGCAUCGUGUGCAGCAAGACAUCAACCUGAUUCUGCGACAGAAUUCACCGCCUCUGAUGUGGAUGUCGACCACGCAGGCCAGUUGGACAUUUCGAAAUUCAAGACAGAGCAACCCACACAGCCAAUACUGAACCCAUUUCCAUCUAAGAAGUACGGCAAAUUGAGCAGGAGCUUCAACUCAAACUGGUACCGCCUAUUUCCUUGGUUGGAGUACAGCGCGCAGGCUGACGCAGCUUUCUGUUUCCCUUGCAGAAUGUUUUCAACUGGUGACAAUGAGAAAUCUGCAUUUGUCAAUGGUGGAUACAGUAAUUGGAAAAAUGCCCUAGAAAGAGACGGUGGCUUCAGGAAGCACAAAAACUCACUCGUGCAUAAGACUUGCCAGGCAUCGUGGGUUUCCUUCACGCAGAUGAAGGCGGGAGGACAAAGCAGGUCGGUUGCAACACAUCUCAGCGACGCGUACUCCAGGGAGGUGCAGGAAAAUCGCCUCUAUAUAGCAAGAGUUGCCGAUAUAUUGCGAUUUACUGCCGUUCAGGGAAUCUCUCAGAGGGGCCACGAUGAAAGUGCCAGAAGUGAAAACAAAGGAAACUUCGUUGAGCUCUUGAACUUGUUUGCUAAAUAUGACGACAUUAUAGGAAAGAAACUGAAUGGUGGAGCAGCGAAUGCGAAGUACGUUCAUCACUCGAUACAAGACCAGAUCCUCGAAAUUCUCAGCCACAUCACAUUAACAAGUAUAAAGGAAGAGAUAAAAAGCUCCCAGUGCUUUGCACUUAUCGUCGAUGAAACCAAGGAUCUAAGUAAGACGGAACAGUUGUCAGUGGUAGUAAGGUACUACCUCAAUGGGGCUGUCUUUGAGAGGUUCCUUGGAUUCCGCAACGCUGAGCAAUUGGAUGCUAAGUCGCUCCUGAGCUACGUCAAGGAAACGCUGAAUCGCUGCGGCAUUGAUUCUCAACUGUGCAUUGCUCAAACAUACGAUGGUACAAGUGUCAUGAGCGGUACGUCACGAGGCGUCCAGGCACUAUUCAGGCAGGAAGUGCCGCAGGCAGUGUACGUACACUGCAUGAACCACCGUCUCAAUCUUGUCAUCGUGGAUGUCUGCAAGGCGAUAAAACCGGUGAGGGAUUUUUUCUCUCUUUUGGAAAGCCUUUAUGUAUUCCUAAGUGGAUCUGCAGUUCACUCCCUCUAUGUAGAUGUUCAAAAAAGGUUGUCUUUGCCUGUGACAGAGCUGCAGCGUCUCAGCGAUACACGAUGGGCCUGCCAGAUAACGGCUUGCACAGCUGCCAUGAAAAGCUUUCCUGCCAUUCUUGUAUGCCUCAGCGAAGUCAUCGCUACAAACAGCAGGCGGGCAACGGAAGCCGGGGGUCUGCUGGAGCAAAUGAACUUCUCUUUUCUUUUCCAUUUAAGGCUAUUCACCAAGCUACUCAGCCGCCUUAAGGUUUUUUCGGACAUAUUACAAAGUAAAGACUGCAACCUUAGUCAGGCAUGCCUCAUGGCGCACACUGUCAUUGACGAGUUAUCCGAAAUCAGAAAUUCGCAGAGCGCGUUUGGCACUGUGUGGGAGCAAACCUGCACUAUUUCUGAGGAGAACGGGGUCCCCCAAAGGGAAAAGCAGAGAACGAAGCGCCUUCCGCUCCAUUUAGAGCAGUUUGUAUUAAGUGAAGGACGGCCCGUUGAAGAAGAGUCUCCAGAUUCAAAAGAAACUUUCAGAGUCAAAGUUUUUCUGCCCGUUUUGGACCACCUCAUUGUGUAA